UCCCAGAGUUCUUUGCGCAAACACGGGUAUCCGAUUACUGGCAACUCAUUCAUUGGCUCAGAUGGCAUAACUUUUGCUAUAACUACUAAAGACGUUUAUUAUUGCAUAUAAUAUUAUGAUAGUAUAAUUUUUUGUACAAUGCAGAUAAUCCAACAAGCCUAAAGGUCAACAGAAUUGCCAAGCUGAAGAAAAAGUGUAGGCGAAAGUAAACAAGACAGAACACCAUGAUGACAACUAUCUUAUAGGGUGUUUGGUUUCUUUUUUAAUCAAUGGAUCUGUUAAAGAAACCUGAACACAACCACGAUCUUUCCAAGAAAACGAAGAAUGAAAAAGCUCUGAUAUCCAAUUCCAAGAAAAGUUGAUAAACAAUCAUUUACAGUUGACGUCAUUAAUUGUGUUUCGACUUUCUAAAGCCCGGGUCGCACUAAUGUAAAAAGUUGUUUGUUUUACAAAAAAAUCUGUCAACAGGUAGGUUUUUCCCGUGCGACCGAUUUGUCAGACAUUGUCAAAAAUGAGCGGAAUGUACCAAAUGUUCAGAGAUGCCGGCACUUAAAAUUGCCAAGCUCUGGACCCCCCAAAUGUCACAAAAAAUCAAAAAAGCUAUUAAACUGUCACUCGUGACGCAAAUAGUCAAUGAAAAACGCGGUAAAAUCACGUUUACUUGUGAUUUGGCGCCAAACUUGUUGAGAAGGCUACGAAGAUGGAUCUUUCUUGGCCAUAUGCGAGUUCCAGUGCUCUUUAUAUGCCAUUAAGAGCGAUGACUCCAGAUAAAAGAAAUUAUUUUGGUCAGCAAGAAGUCAAUUUGAGUCAACCAACAUUCGGUCCAUAUCAAUUCAGUCAUGGCUCAAGCGGUGGCAUCUCCUCACCGGCUUCACUUGGAGAAGAAACUUUUGAGAGCCAGUCCCCAAGUCAGUCCAACCAGUCCAAGAAAUACGAUAAGUGGACCAACGAACAGCAGAAGUACUUGGUCCAAUUAUGGGCUGAGAAGCAGGAUAUGCUUAACAGCAAGGAUACAAGAAAUGCUUGGCGUGCGAUUGCUGAUGAGAUUAACAACAAGUUCGCAACCAACAAGACGGUGGAUAAGUGUAUAAGAAAAAUUAAGUACCUAGUUGACGCCUACAAAGAAAAGAAAGAAUGGAAUAGAAAUCAAACCGACGGCAACUUGCGAAAAACUGUUUUCUACGACGAAAUCGAUGCUGUUUUGGGUUGUCGUGACAUCGUGACCCUUAGGCACGUUCAAGAAGCUGGUGAUUCUCCGUCGACAACAUCAUGUUCAGCGGAUAGCGAAAGCCCCUUGAAUGUAUCUGCUGAGUCCAGCAUCGAGAAGGAGCCAAUGGAAUCCGCUUUGCCACUAAAAUCUCGCCUGGAAAGGAAGAAAGGUCCACGCAAAAGGAAGAGAAAACCAGAGGAUGCCGACGGAGAAAUGGAAGAGCACUUCAAACGUGCUUACGAUGAGAUCAAAUUCCAAGGAGAACGCGUUGCGUCUUGAAUGGAAAAAAUGCAAGAGGUGCAAAUGCAGCAGAUGAAAAUGAUGAACCAAUUUAUGGGGAAUUUUCUCCAGGCAUUUAAGGAGAAAAAUAGUUAAAUGUCAAACACUUUCUUUCAUCCAUCUAUGAUAUGCGAUUUAU